UCAAAUGGCACUCGCAAAUAAGCAGUGACUUCCGGAGAACACACCACCAAUCACAUCGCAGCGCGGGAUCAGCGGGAAGGCGGAAGUGAAAUUAAACACGCGAGGGAAAAAGAGCAUGCGCAGUAAGCAGGAGGGUGACUGCUGUGCAAACACUACAUAAUUAUAUGUUACUGAUGUUCAAUGUACUCCAGCAGACGAAGUAAUAGCAUUAUAAGUAAAAGGAGACAGUAAGUUUGUAUUAAUGAUAUAGCAAAACUCGUACAAUUGUACCAGUGACUUAGGGUUGCUGUAGCGGGGACAUUAGCUGAACUCUGCUAUAACUGUAUCAACUCAUACCAUAUAUGAUGUAUAAAGAUGCUAUUACUAUUAUUAUGCAGCAUUUAGACAUGUGGAUUAAUAGUCACAUCAGGGAGCUGUGAGUAAUGUGCUACAAUACUGAACGAUAACACAGUUUUACCGUGGAGAAGGAAUGAAGUAGACGGGAGAUAUUAAAGAAAGCUGUGCAUUUAAGAUAUAUUUUAUGCACAAUAAUUUUGUUAUUUUAUAUAAAGUUCAGAAUGUCCAGUGUUCCCUCGGAUUGCCGAUUUGACGUUACUCAGAGAAAAACACUCUCGCAAUUGCUGGGUUCAAGAUCACACAGGCAGCGAAAGAGAUGCCCUUCAGAACCUCUCCUGCAAGAGACUGUGAUCCAGUUUAUGAGGCACCAUCAGAACCUUGGUGAUCUGCUCCUUGAGGUUACUGGGUCAGAAAGCAAACGUUUAUGUAAUCGUGGCAAUGUUAACUCUGGCGAUCAUAAUGCUAAUGCUCCUGCUGGAGGUUCAUUUAUAGCCUCAGUGAUACAAGAGCAAGCUUUACUGAUGGACCUGCCUUCUGGGCUUUUGUCUGCCCGAGUAUCUGUGGAGAAAAUUCAGCAGAUAGCAUGGCUUGGGGAUACAUCCAGACAUACAAUUAUACUGGAUUCCAUUCAGCGAAGUAAGCUUGUCUGUUUACUGCAGAGUUUACAAGAACUAUUGUCCACCAGUAUGCUCAGCCGACUGCAAUUCAGUGAGGAAAUUUGGAAAGCAAAGGAAAUGCCCAUGCUGGAAGUUGUUUGGCGUUUGCAGAAGAAAAAUAUCGUGAGCCUUGAAGAGCUUGUAACAAGUAAUCCUGAUGUGACUUUUGUGGUAUGCUGGCUUUUCGACAACUUGUGCCUCCUUUGCUCAGGGACUGAAGAUCAACCCGAGCAUCAAGAUAUACAGAGGCAGAUGCUGUCAGAUAUCGUCACUGAAUUAGUUAGAAAUGGAUUUAUGGAAUCGAAUAUUUUGGAAUGUGACCCUAAAGCUCAGCAGUUUCCUCAGAUUUGUUCUGAGGUGUUGAACAGAAUGCUUUUGUGGUUGCUGGAUAACGUGUGUAAGGAAGGAGAAGAAGACGACCCCUCUGUGCAGAAAGCAACUCUGUUCUGGUUGAAUGUGUUUGAUGUGACAUUGUUCCAUGGUAUAGUGUCGCUGGACUUGUUAAAGCAGUUCUUCUACCACACACUAACUCAGAUUCUCACCUUUAAUCCUGUGCUUGAAGCAUCAGAUGCUAUCCGUAUGCAAGGAGAAUGGUGCUUUGCAAAAACAAAGACCCUUCUAACAACUUUGUACAGGAAGCUAUUUGUAUUAUUCAGCGCAGAGGAGUUGGUCAUUCACCUGCGGCAGGUUCUGGAGACCCAUGAGGUGAACUGGCAGAAUGUUCUAUCCUGUGCUUCUACCUUGUUGGUCUGUCAACCACAGACCCAACAGCUAUUGAAAGAACUACUGGCUAAUCUACUGAUUAAUUCCUUUGAGAAUUAUGAAUUGGAGAGUAUAAUCACUGCAUUCCUACUUGUACGACAGGCUGCACUGGAGGGACCAGCAGUUUUCAUUAGCUAUUCAGAAUGGUUCAAGAAUUCCUUUGGGUCUGCGAAUGGUUACCAUGGUAAUAGUAAGAAGGCACUAAUUUUUCUACUGAAAUUCCUGACUGACCUGGUGCCAUUUGAAUCAGCACAAUACUUAAAGGUUCAUAUUUUGCAUCCCCCAUAUGUGCCAUCAAAGUAUCGAGCUCUACUUCUAGAAUAUGUGUCACUGGCUAAAACUCGACUUGCAGAUCUCCAGGUUUCAAUUGAGGAGAUGGGUCUGUAUGAGGAUCUGUCAACGGCUUAUUGUCCUCCUAAGCCCCAGUGUCAAGCUCUGCAGGAUGUUGAAAAAGCUAUUCUAAUAUUUGAAAACACAGGAAAAAUCCCAGCUAGUGUAAUGGAGGCAAGCAUUUUCCGAAGACCUUAUUAUUUGACACGAUUUUUGCCUGCUCUGCUUGCCCCUCGAGUGCUGCCAGUCUCAUUGGAUCCGCGCAUGGCCUUUAUUGACUCCUUGAAGAAAGCAGAUAAAAUACCUGAUAAUAUGCAUGCAAACUACAUUCAUGCAUGCAACAGAGAGAAACAGCGACUGCUUGAAGGUGCUUCUACAUCUGAGGAAAUGGAGCAUCCAAGGGAACCAAUCAAGGUCCUGUCAGCCGCUCUGGAAGAGCUCAGGAAAGUGGCCACCAGUCCAAGCAGAAGUGAUGAUGUUUCUUCUCAGAUUGCUGUAAUCUCUGCUCAGUUGAAAGCUAUGAUAGAUGAUGGUGAUGAUUGCACUGCAAUGGAUAAACCAAUCCAACUGGAUACUGUUGUGGAUACAUUGCAGCCUCUAGAAUUAGAGGUCAGAGACCUCCUAUUGAAGAACUUUUGUCAGAUCUUUCUUACAACUUCAAGUUUCAACCCACCACAGAGGCAAGGUGAAUGGGCCUCUUUGUUUUGUGAAAAAUGUGUGUGGUCACAGAAGACUUCUAUGUGCUGUUCUUCUCAGAGUCCUACAACUCGCUAGCCAUCAGGGUUCUUCUCUUAGUGAUGUCCACAUCUUGGGACUGGCUGGCUUUACCAUUCACACACACAUCUUGCAGAUCUCCCUUUCAGUGGAGAACUCGCAAUCAACUGGCAAAGAGGAAGUGUCAUUUGUUAGCCAUCUAAACCAGUUCCUUACGUGUAGAACGGGG